CAUACCCUAUGACUUGAACUCUACCCCGGACUCUUAUAACCCUACUUACUACCUCACCUCAACUUCUCCGAGUUCAGUCCAUUAGACUCUCAUACAUCAUUGAAACGAAAAAAAUCCCCGAACUGGAAUUCCAGUACCAAGUUUCUCCCCUCUACCGAACCUAAAUACAAUAACCUCAGCCUCAACCUACGAACUAUAUCCGCUACAAUGUCGAAGAACAGAACCGGACUCUACGCUGCCCUCGCUGCUGCCGGCGCCGGCGGGUACUAUCUGUACAGGGCUGGCGGUGACCCCAAGGCCGCGAAACAAGAGAUCAAACGUAUGCCAGCUCCGCGUUCAUCCCUUUCUCCCUCUUUGAGCAUGCGAUUUGUUGACUCGAGUCUCAUUGUAGACGAUGCCGAGCUAGCUCGCAACAAGAUCCCGACGGACAAGGCCGAGAGAGCUGGCGAGAAGGUUGGUUCGGAGGCCGGAGCCCACAUCGAUGAGGCGGUGUCCAACGCCCGCACUCAGGCACAAGACGCCAGUAAUCGUGCCUCGGGGCUGGGGCAGGAGAGUCUCGAUAAGCUUAAGGGUGCGCAGCAGGAGGCGUCGGAGAAGCUCAAGGCCAAUGUUGAUAAGUUUGAUAAGACCGUGGAGCAGAAGACGAGUGAAGCGAAGGGGACUCUGUCGAGUUGGUGGGGGGGAAGCAAGUGAUGUGAUUGUUAUGUCUAGGGAGUGGAUGUAGCGUUUUGUUUACAGUGGUUAGUUCUGUUAAUAUUCAUAUUCAUAUUUUCAUUUGAAUACGGUUCAUGGUGGUCAUGGUCGUUGUCUUGAUGGGUG